CUCGGCUUUUAGCACCACCCUCAAUAUCAUUCAAUUUCGCGACUAUUUAUUUUCAUCAUCUGUCAGGAUGCUUAGCAAUAAGUAUAAUCCACUGCGGGUCCGUGGUCUGGUGGUAUGAAAAUUGACUCUCAACCCAGACUUGAGUCCAAUAUGUCACUACUGUCUGGAGCAAAAUCUGGACCGAGUUUUCAAGUGUAUAAAACAUUAGUGAAGUUUGUUAGAAGCUGUCGAAAUGAAGCGUAUGAUCGAUACCCACUGUUGUUUUACGAACAGUUCCAAACUUCAAAGGACAGACAUUUCAGCUACAUGCUGCAGAAAUUGCGACCCAGAAGAAGAACAUCCCAGAAGUUCAAAAAGAGCAGCGCAGAUCCUAAAGUAUACAGACAUGAUAAUAGUCCAGGACAGAGAGACCCUCUUGAAGUCCUGAAAAUUCAGUACGAGGUUAUGAAGGCUACGGGAAAUAUACAGAUGCCCAAAUAUAUGAGACCAGAAGAUUGGUAUGCGCUGAGAAACCUGGAUCCAAAUGCCAGCAGCUUGCUUUACAAGUCAAUCAAACAAGAGGAAGAGAUUCUUGAAAGAAUUAAACUCGGACACAUCCAAAAUGACGAAGAGUUUGUAAAAGCUACCGAGAGUGAGACUUCAUUACAAAAUCCAUUUUAUCUGGAUUUUGAGGAUAACACUUCACGUCAACUGUCAGCGAAUGUUUGGAAUGACAGAUUAGCGAAUUGUUUUGGAAAAAAUGUCGUAGUGAAUUGUCAAGGGAUUAACUCAUUUCGUGAACAUAUAUCAGUUAAUAGCAUUUGCCGAAAUGCUUUUAACAACUAUUCAACAAACAUUUAUACUGAUAUGAACAGAAGUCAUAAAUGUCCUUUGAAUUUGCACUUUGUAUGUCAGAAAAAUAUUAACAUUGGACAAUCGGAAAAGGACUUUCCUUCAUCAAAUUUUCAUCAUGUACAUCAGGAAAGAGAAAUUUUUCCACGGGAAAAGUUGGUCUUCAUUUCGAACUCUUCACCCAAUGUGUAUGAAAAUAACACGGACGAUAUUCCUGUGAUAUUCAACUUCGGUUUAGAAAUUCGGCAAGAUCUUGUGUUAGAAUACGCCAUGAGAAAUAACAUUAGGCAUGCCACAUUGCCGAUAUCAAAGUUUGUAAUGUUGACAAAUAAUCCUAACAGAGAUGAGAUAGUCGUAACACCAGUUCAACAGUUGGAGAUUCUACGGGACGUCGAAGCUGGUAUUGACUGGGAAACGGCUAUUUUCAACAACCUACUGUACCCUUCACAAAGACUUGUUAGAACUUCAAAAGCGUACCAAGCCAUUCGCAAGAAUCGACAUGCCGAUUAUUAUUUACCGAUUCAUGAUUUGGUGAUGGAUACUUUAUUGAAGGCGAAGAAAAAGAAAUGUUAAGGAACAAAUAUUUACAAUAAAGCAUGUGUGGCAAUUGCAAAACACAUGAGCCGAUUAUUUGGUUGCAGAAAUACUUGUGUGUUAUUAUACCUAUAGAACAAUUUAAAAAACAAAACAAUUGACUGGAUUGUACAUUGCAUUGUCUUGAAUAUAGAUAUGCUGUUUAUAAUAAACAGACAAACAGUGUUGGAACGUAUAAACUUCUUGUUAUGACAUAAACUACCUGUUAUGACAUUAAAUCCCAGCUUCAUAAAGUGAUGUAGGGACUACAUAGGAAUUGUGUGCAUGAUCAUGUUCGUUCGUCCGUCCAUCUGUUUCUUUUUGUCCGUUCCAUAUCUUUCUCAUUCAAGGUCAGAUUUUCAAUUAAUUUGGCCUGGUGAUCACCGUAGCAAUAGGAUGUGUUGUGCACAAGACCGGUGUUCCUUCUUUAAGGUCAAGGUCACAGCAAUGUUCUGAACUUAGUGUGUAUUACGGUCCGUCCAGUUUUCAUCCACUCCAUAUCUUUCUAGGCUUCCAAGGUCAGAGUUUUAAAUGAUUUGGCAGAAGUUACCACCAUAGCAUGAAGAUGUGUCGCUCACUUGAUUUUCCCUUCUUCAAGGUCAAGGUCACAGCAAUGUUCUGAACUUAGUGUGUCCGUCGGUCUGUCCUGUUUUCAUCCACUCCAUAUCUUUCUUAGUCAUGGUUGGAUUUCAAAAUAUGUUGCAGAAGUAACAGUACGGCAGAAACACGAGGACGAAUCAUGCACAAGACUUGUUUCCGUACUUUCAAGGUCAAGGUCUCAGCAAGCUUCUGAACUUAGUAUGUCUCGCUCUAUAAGCCUAACUGAUAAAAAAUAGUGUCCUGUCCAUAUAUAUCUUUCUCAUUCAUGGUCAGAUUUUAAAAUAAUUUGGCAGUAGUGACUACAAUAGGAUGAGGAUGGGUUGAAGACAGGAUUCCCUAAUUUAAGGUCAAGGUCACAGCAACCUUCUGAACUGAGUAUGUUUUGCUAUAUAAGCCUUACUGAUAAUAGUUUGUGUCCCUACCAUAUCUUUGUCAUACAUCAGAUUUUAAAAUCAUUAAUCACAUUCUGUGAUAGCUCUAGUUUGCUCAAAGAAUAUUGACCUUGGAAUAUGAAAGAAUAUUGACCUUGGAAUAUGAAAGAAUAUUGAUCUUGGAAUAUGAAAGAAUAUUGAACUUGGAUUAUAAAGGAAUAUUGACCUUGGAUUAUGAAAGAAUAUUGACCUUGUAUUAUGAAAGAAUAUUGACCUUGGAUUAUGAAAGAAUAUUGACCUUGGAUUAUGAAAGAAUAUUGACCUUGUAUUAUGAAAGAAUAUUGACCUUGGAUUAUGAAAGAAUAUUGACCUUGGAUUAUGAAAGAAUAUUGACGUUGAAUUAUUAAAGCAUGUUGACCUUGUAUUAUGAAAUAAUAUUGACCUAGGAAUAUGAAAUAAUAUUGUCCUAGGAAUAUGAAAUAAUAUUGACCUUAGAAUAUGAAAUAAUAUUGACCUUAGAAUAUGAAAUAAUAUUGACCUAGGAAUAUGAAAGAAUAUUGACCUUAGAAUAUGAAAGAAUAUUGACCUUGGAAUAUGAAAAAAAAAAUGAUCUUGUAUUAUGAAAGAAUAAUGACCUUGGAUUAUGAAAGAAUAUUUAUCUUGGAUUAUGAAAGAAUAUUUAUCUUGGAUUAUGAAAGAAUAUUGAUCUUGGAUUUGAACAACGCCCAUUAUUUUAGUGAGUGUUCUUU